AUGCUAAGCUUAUACAAGAGACGACCAAAAGCUACCACUUUGAAUGGACUACUACCAGAAGGAUACACCGUAGAGGAAAACGUUGACACAUUGGUUUUCAUUGACUACCUCAUGUUCAUGGAGCGAUUGACCGAGGAAACACAACAAUACGCCCAAAGGCAUGGUAUUCAGAUACUAAAAAAGGAGCAUUUGGAUGAAGUUGCAAAGCUCGUGUUGCAAGAAUUCCGUGGAUAG